GCAUGAGCUCUGCUUCUGUCGACCACACCAUCCUGUGUGUGAUUGUGAUGGUCCACAGGUUGCUGGUUUGAAGGGUUUCAAAGAAUGGAAGGCAUGAGACGCCACAGGUGUGACAGCACAGCCUCUGUGCCUCAGCUCUGCAACUCGCCGACAGUGAUCGUGAUGGUGGGCUUACCUGCCAGAGGGAAGACCUACAUCUCCAAGAAGCUCACUCGCUACCUGAACUGGAUCGGAGUUCCCACUAAAGUGUUUAACGUGGGCCAGUACCGCAGGGAGGCAGUCAAGACUUACAAGAACUUUGAGUUCUUUAAACCUGAUAAUGAGGAGGCCAUGAGGAUCCGCAAGGCCUGUGCUUCAGCUGCUCUCAGAGACGUUGCUGCCUACUUCACAAAAGAACACGGACAAGUAGCC